AUGGUCCAGCUCAAGCUCUCGAUCUUUGCCUUAGCAAGUUCGCUCGCUUCGACCUUUGCAGUCGACAUCAUCGUUAGCUCUGCUCCAGGAAACAAGACCGGGUCGCAAGGUCAUCCAUACGGCUAUGGCUUCCUGCACGAGGACAUCAACAAUUCCGGCGAUGGCGGCAUCUACGCCGAACUCAUCCGCAACCGAGCUUUCCAAUCCAGUGAACGCUACCCUGUCUCUCUGGACGGAUACUCCGCCCUAAACGGCGCACAGCUCAGCAUCCAGAACUUGACAGACCCAUUGUCUGAUGCCUUGCCUUCAUCGAUGCGAGUCUCGGUCUCCAAUUCCACUUCUCCUCCGAGCUAUGGCCCGCCGAAAGGGCGCCCAGGACGUCCAGGACGACAUGACCAUCACGGCAAGGGGAUGAUUGGCUUCCAGAAUGACGGGUAUUGGGGCAUGGACGUCAAAUGUCAGCCGUACACAGGAUCCUUCUGGGUUCGUGGAGAGUACCACGGCAAAUUCGUGGCUUCCUUGCAGUCCAACUUGACGGACGAGGUGUUUGGCAGUGUGGAAGUUCCAUCCAAAUCUGUGAACGGGGAGUGGGUGGAGCAUGAAUUUGUGCUGGUUCCGGAGAAGGAUGCGCCGAGUACGAACAACACUUUUGCUGUUACGUUUGAUCAGAGGGGUACCCCGGACGACUUCUUGGACUUCAACUUGAUCAGUCUAUUCCCGCCGACAUACAAAGGCCGGAAGAAUGGCCUGAGAAUCGACCUGGCUGAGGCUUUGGAAGAGAUCAACCCAACAUACUUCCGCUUCCCUGGAGGUAACAUGCUUGAGGGCAAUACCAACGAGACGUACUGGGACUGGAAAGAUUCUCUUGGCCCGCUUCGCAAUCGACCUGGCUUCGAAGGCGUCUGGGGCUACCAGCAGACCCAUGGUCUCGGACUGAUGGAAUACCUUUACUGGGCCGAAGACAUGAAAAUGAAUAGCAUCCUCGGUGUCUGGGCCGGCCUCGCCCUCAACGGCGACAUCACCCCCGAAGCCGACCUCCAAUACUACAUCGACGAUGCCCUCAACCAAAUCGAAUUCAUCCGCGGUCCCGCAUCCUCACCCUGGGGUUCAAAACGUGCCGCUCUCGGCCACCCAGAACCCUUCGUCCUGCAAUACGUCGAAAUCGGCAACGAAGACUGGCUCGCCGGCUUCCCCUCCGGCUGGGACUCCUACCGCGCCUAUCGCUUCCCCCUCUUCUACGCCGCCAUCACCGCCGCCUACCCGGACAUCCAAGUCAUCGCCUCAUCCGCCACCUCCGACCCGGAAGAAGGCGAACCACUGACUUAUCCCUCCAGUGCCAUCGGAGACUACCACCCCUACCGCGAACCCGACGAGCUGGUCGAAGAAUUCUCCCGCUUCGACAACGACAUCGGACAUAUCGUGGGCGAAGUCGCAGCCGUACAUCCCAAUGGCGGCACAGCCUGGGACGGCGGUCUACAACCCCUCCCGUGGUGGCAGGGAACUGUCGGCGAAGCAGUGAGUAUGAUCGGCUAUGAACGGAACAGUGAUCGUAUUCCGGGUACGUUUUAUGCGCCGGUGAUGAGGAAUACGAAUCGUUGGCAGUGGGCCGUGACGAUGUUGCAGAAUGAUGCGGGGAGCGUGACGAGGAGUACGAGUUGGUAUGUGUGGAGUUUGUUUGCGCAUCAUCCGAUUUCGCAGACGAGUGCUGUUGAGGGAGAGUUUGGACCGGUGUAUUAUGGCGCAGGGGUGGAUGAGGCGAGAGGUGGAGCGAGGGUUUGGAAGGGAGCAGUGUAUAACACUACCGAUGGGGUAGAUGUUGAGGUGAAGGUUAAGUUUGAGGGGUUGAAGGGAGGUACGAACGCGGCGUUGACGGUGUUGACGAAUUUGGGAGAAGGUGGGUAUGCGGCGAAUGAUCCGGCUACCGGAGUGAAUGUCGUUGGAGUGAACACUACCGUGUUGACGGCUGAUGGAGAGGGGACUUAUGUCUUCGAUCUGCCGGAGUUGAGCGUUGCGGUGUUGGACACGGAAGUUGAAGCGAAGACAAUUGGACGAUAUCCGGGCGAUGGCAAAUGA